AUGAGCACUCCUGCUACCGACUUUGACCAGACGCUGACCGGAUCACCCCCGCCUCCACCUACUCCGGCAGCCUCUCCUGGUCCGUCCAACGCCCAGCCCGACUGGAGCGAUGCCGGAGAUGAAGAAGACAUAUUCUUGGCUAAAUGUCGGCAGCACUUUCAGAGCUGCUCGGGUCCCCAGCGAACCCGCAUUCUGGCUGACCUGUUGAACCUGUGCACAAGCCAACAGCUUUCCUUCGUUCAUCAGUUCGUCAGUCCUCUGCUGAAGAAAGAUCCGUUCACCAGUCUACCGGAUGAAUUGUGCCUUAGGAUCUUAUCAUUCAUCGACGACCCCAAGGUCCUGGCGAGAGCGUCUCAAGUUUCCCGCAGAUGGCGAGAUCUUCUCAGCGACGACAUGACCUGGAAGAACCUUUGCGUGAAACACGACUACGGCCGUCGCUUGUCAGACGUAGGAUCCGCGCUACCUGCAUACGCCUCCAGACCCGGAGCACAACCGCUGCUCUCCGCAGACGGCCAGUUCGCAAAUCACAGUUUCCCAGGCGCCUACCCCUCCGCAGCCGCCAUGUCUGCCUCUAGGAGUCUGGACGGGUCGAGUGCGCCGGCCAGGCCGAUGCUCAAGUCUUACAAGUCACACUUUAAGCAGAGAUACCUAGUCGAUGCGGCCUGGCGGACUGGGGGUAAAUCCACAACACGAGCCAUUACGCAGGACGGAGGAGUCGUGACCAGUCUGCACCUCACGCCCAAGUACAUCAUUGUGGCGCUGGAUAACGCCAAGAUUCAUGUCUUCGACACCGAGGGCAAUGCGCUGCGUGUCCUCCAAGGUCACGUCAUGGGUGUAUGGGCUAUGGUCCCCUGGGAAGAUGUCCUAGUCAGCGGUGGCUGCGAUCGUGACGUCCGGGUCUGGGAGCUAAACACUGGAGUCUGCUCCUACACCCUCAGAGGCCACACUAGUACUGUGCGCUGUCUUAAGAUGUCAGAUGCCAAUACGGCCAUCUCGGGCUCGAGGGAUACCACUCUUCGUGUCUGGGACAUUCGUACUGGCCUGUGCCGCAACGUCCUUGUGGGUCAUCAAGCUAGUGUGCGGUGCUUGGAGAUCAAGGGUGAUAUCGUGGUUUCUGGCAGUUACGAUACCACAGCCAAGAUCUGGAGCAUCUCCGAGGGCAGAUGUUUGCAUACGCUGCAAGGUCAUUAUAGCCAGAUAUAUGCUAUCGCGUUUGACGGCGCCAGGGUAGCAACUGGCAGCCUGGACACCAGUGUUCGGAUCUGGGAUGCCUCCACCGGAGAAUGCCUCGCAGUCCUGCAGGGUCACACCUCUUUAGUCGGCCAAUUGCAGAUGAGAGGCGAUACCCUCGUGACCGGUGGCUCAGAUGGCUCGGUCAGAGUCUGGUCUCUGUCCAAAUUUGUACCAAUUCACCGACUGGCAGCUCACGAUAACAGCGUUACCAGCUUGCAAUUUGACGAUACUCGUGUCGUCAGCGGUGGCAGCGAUGGACGGGUAAAAGUAUGGGACUUGAAGACUGGCCACCUAGUCCGCGAGCUCAUCGCGCAGGGUGAAGCCGUAUGGCGCGUCGCCUUCGAGGAUGAGAAAUGUGUGGCAAUGGCUCUCCGCAACAACAGGACUGUCAUGGAGGUCUGGUCUUUCUCGCCCCCGCCAGACGAUGAGAGGCCUCUGUCCAUGGAUGCCUUGGAUGAUCCCAACCGACCGAAGAGCGCGCUGGCCUUGGACUGGAGACAGCCGCAGCCAGCAGUCAUCCCGGGACUGCCUCCACGAGACAAUCGAGAGGAUGUCGACAUGGAGGAUGCAGGCCCCUCGACGGCACCUCUUCAAGGUGGCGGUAGUACAUUCUUUCACGACUGAGCUCGAACCGGCAUAUACUCAUCAGGCCGAUAUGAUAUUCAUGUGAUCCGACGCCUCCCAAUUUUGGGGUCAUAUAUUAUCUUUGUCGGUGGCAAAUAUCUCUACACUCAAAAACGGGGCGGCAUCAUUACCCUUGGGAUCUCUUACAUCAAGACGUGCAUAGCAUGGGCUGGGUCGUCUGCUUUUCCACACUGCCGUCGAUAAUACCGCAUUUGGGUACAGGCCGCAUUUUCUUCUUGGUUACAAAAUCGUUAUUACUUUUAGCUUCCGGGAUGCGGACUCGGAUUUUGGUUACGAUGCAUGCAUGGCUUAGGCGUUAAUAACUGCAGCGAGCGUUGGCAUUGAUUUUGAUGCGAACCGACCGGAGUGAGCGGUGUCAAGUUACAAGGGGCUCAAAGGGAGGCAUCAUGAUGGGGAGGAUAGACCGUCGACGCGUUAGCUAGCUCGAAGAAAAGUCAGCACGACACCAUCUUCAUUACUUUCCGGCCCCAAAGUCUAUGAUCGGGACGCGUCUGAGGCUGAUGCGUUACACCCGUUGGGAGCUUCUUGUGCUCGCACACGCUCGCAAACAGCAAUGUUGAUGUCAAUCCACUACUUGUGAAGCCUGU